AUGGGGUCGGGUCUCCUCCCACCCGUGCACCAGCCCCGGGUAUCGCAUCCAAUCAUUUUCACCCACCAUCUCCCUCCAACACAACCCAUCUUCUCCAAAAUGUCCGCCGUUAACGUAGUUAGAUACUCCCUUCUUGGCGCCGGUGUCGUCUACGGCUUUGUCCACAGAAACAGCUUGGAAUCCGCCCAAAAGGAGCACGACAGAUUGGCCUUGUGGAAGAAAGAAGAGAAACUCAUCAGCGAGGCCAAGGCCGAGUUCGCCAAGAGAACUGGUGCUGCUGCUGCUUCUGCUUAA